AGUGCACUGUUUGAUAACCGUCUUUUAUGCUGUCAAUAGCGGAGCAUUUUACCACUUGUCCACCAAGAUCCAAACUUCGACUAAUCUCUUCAGGAACUCGUUCACCUGUUUUAAUUCUAAGAUUUAUAAGUCUGGUUGUUUAUUUACUCGUAAGAAUAGAAGAAACGUCUAAAUCUUUAUUUCUAGUUACAUUGCCCUUCGUUUUGCGUUUGCACCUUGUUGUUGGUUUAAAUUCGUCACACAACUAGUACAGCUGAAGGGAAGUUUUGUAAUAACAAUCGCAUGGUUGUGCGGUUAGGUUUUCAAAAAAUACACUAGAACAGUUGUUAUAACAACUUCAUUAUGAUGAAGUUUUUCAUUGCAUAAUUUGAUCAUCUCUGUCUGCAUGAGCAAAAUUACUAAAAUACUAAAUUUUCAUGGAAUGUUAUGAGAAAAUUCCAAUUUUAAUCUACUGUUAUAAUCCCUCAACCAUGUUUAAUUAAUUACUAGAUUUUGACUCUAUUUUCAUAAAAAUCCUAGGCGUGUCACAUAGUAUCAAUUCAAGAUUUAAAUCGAAGAUGUAGUUCAAUCUAGCUCUAAUAUUGUGUCGCUUGGCUCUUAGAUGUUUUAUGUCUGGAAGUAUACUGCAUCUUAUAUUAGUUUUACCGCCAAAAAUCUUAAGAUUUACAAGUAGAUUCUAAAUAAGCCCUGAUUUUAUUGGCUUACGCAUUAUUUUCUUAAAUAGUUACUCAGUUCUGAUGGAUUGAGAACGUCUUACCAGAAAUAACCAGAGUUACGAAAAUAAUGAUUAGCUGGAUUUGAUUGAUAUUAAGUCCAGCUAAUUGAUACUCAUUAUUAUGUAUUUGAUAUACCAUUAGAGAGACUGAUGCUUGCAGCAACAUAUUCUUGCAGAUAGGGAGGCUAACUCUUAGCUAAGUCAUGGCUGGCUUCUUUUAGAUAUGGAGUUUCCAUGAUGAGUGGCCACUUAGUAGCAGUCAAUUUCAUGGUCGUUUAGAACUUAGUGACUAUCAAAAUGCAAUGAUCAAGUUCUUACGCGCAUUCUCUUUCAAAGUUUUAACGUCAAAUUUAUAUUGUACCCAUUGUUGGAUCAUUUAAGCAACGGUCACUAACUAAUCCGAUUUUCAAUUCACAAGUUUUUCUGCCUCUAAAAUGUCUGGGAUUCUAUAUUUCGGAGUACGGGCUGUAUCCACUCUAGACAAAAUCUUUUUCAAAUGAUAUUCGGUGGUAUUAUGAUGCAGACUUUAGCAGAGUACUCGUGUGUCAGUUAAUGCUGUCUGAACUAAAUCAUUGGUAAAGCUUCAUACGUGUGUACCAUGGCUUCGGCCGAAACUUUGAUCGUCUAUGUGAGCAUUGUAUAGCAUUUGUCUAGUCUCUAGUGUAAACGACAGCAUUCACUAGUUUUUCAUUUGUAGGUCAAAUGUUUCAAAGAAGCCAGUUGUGUGAAACCUUUUAUAUUUAAAGCAUGAUAAUUAAAAAUAUAUACUUGAAAGAUGGCCUUAUCCAUAAUUUUCCAUGUAUUUACUGACAUAAGUUCUCAUUUUAUUUAAAUAUUACCGACAAGUUUGAAUUUCAAACCGAAGUCAUUCGAUUCCAGUUGAGGUAUUCAAGCAUUAUGAUUAGUCAUCAUAUCAUAAGUUUGCUUCAAAACCGAGUACAAUAAUCUAUAAUUAGUCGCAGUAAUUAUAUAUCAGAACUGUCACUGCUGGGCUAAUCGUUAAUUUUUAAGAUAUUCUCGUUCGUACAGUAAGUGUUUCAUUAAUAGCACUAUAAAAAUAGUUCAUUUUAGAUUACAUCCGAAUAAUUUUCUGUAUCUGUCCUUCAACGUAAUAACUAAAUCUUAUUAUAUAUGUUACAUGGAAAUAACGACUAACAUCCAAAAGCAUUUUGUUUACAUUGUAAUAAUCACAGAACCAUCCGGCAUUGUGCACGAGAAUAUGAAUUUUUUAUUUUAUCAGUGUAACAUCCUACCAUUUAUAGUCCAAUUCAUUAAAAAUUUUGGCAGAUUAUUGAAGUGAGAUACGAAGCUCAAAGUACAGAUAGUCUUAAAUCAAGAUGUAAGAUUUUGUGUAAAAAGAUACAAGCCAGUUAAUCGAUUUCAAUAAUGAAAGUCAACUAGCAGAUAUAAUUGCUUAGGUUAUGACUUUGUUUUCAACAUGGUCUAGUUUUUUCCAUCUUGGCUUCCCAAUAAACCUUUGUGAAAUUUACCUGUAGAGAGAAUUUAUUAAAUGGAAAAGAUAUUUGAAGACGAUUUAACACCAGCUAGUGAACAACUGCUAAUAAUGGCGUACUAAGAAUUUUGGCUUGCAAAUUUUUGACCAAAUGUAUUUCAACUCAUUUUGCCGGUAAAACUACCUCUAACUCUAAACGAUGAAUAAAUACGCAUGAAAAUUUAGGUAGUUAAGCCAAUGAGAUUUCUCUCCGAGAAGUAUAAGUAAAAAAUGUCAUUUUGAUUAUUUUCAUAAUUGGACACACUUAAAAAAUAUACCCAUACUUCUUUAUAUCACGAAGUAGUCUACAAUUUUUUAACUUCAGUUAAGUAACCAACAUGAUUUUAUUUUCAUUUAAGGUCUGAAAAGCAACCACCACCUCGAACUGUUAAAAUUACAUGGAAAGUGGAAGACACAGAUCACCAUAUUAUCGAGAUAAUCUUAAUUUAUCAUCCCAUCAAUACAUUGAGGGUGUUGAUUCCAAUCCUGAGAUACAUGAUCGUCAAAGACCAGCUAGUGUACAAGAUUUAGAAUAUGGAGAAAUGUAUGAUUCCGGUAUACAACCACACUCAACAUCACCACGACUGAAUAAUCCAUACAUUGAUCCGUUAAUUGAGGGUGAUACAAGUGGAAUCGAUCAUCGUACAACAUCAUUAGAUCGUCGUGGUGAAUAUUAUGGUACACUGAGAGGAAAUUUUGAUUCACAAAGUGAACGAUUGACAAGAAAACCAAUUAAUCGGCAAUCAUAUACAUUGAAAUCACUUAGUUCAAACCCAGGAUUAUCCGGCAUAUUAGGUUCAACAAACCCAUCAUCAGGUCGAAGAGCACAUUCGUAUGAUAUGAAUUUGGAAAAACAAGGUCUGACAGAUUAUAAUAGUUUAUUAGCUGCCGCUGCUGUUGGUGGUGUCGGGGCUGUUGGUAUUGGUACAAAUCCACCGAUUUAUGGUUAUCCUACUAAUCCACUACUAGACUACAGUAGUACUUUAGGCGUACCAACAUUUCCAACUAUUGGUGGUCUUGACUAUGCAACAUUACAAAGAUCUGGCGUUUAUUCAGGUCUACCACAAACACAACCAACAUCAAUACCAGCUGGUUUAAUUCCACAUAAUCCAACUACAGAUAUUACUACAUUACAAAGAGAAUAUGUACGACUACAACAUGAAUUACAUGUAACUAGAGAGAAAUUAAAUGCCUGUACAAUUAGCAUACGUACAUUUUGGAGUCCUGAAUUGAAGCGUGAGCGAGCAAUGCGUAAAGAAGAGAAUGCAAAAUAUGCUAUAUUAGCUGAUCACUUACAUCAAUUACAAUUGGAAAAACAAACAAUGUUAGAAACAUUGCAUAAUAUGGAAUCAGAUUUACGUCAAGAACGUGAUAAACGAAAUCGUAGCCGUUUCAGUGGUGGUGCAAGUGAUUCAGAUGGUUUAAGUGAAUUAGACUUAGCCAAACGUCAAAUAGACGAAUUAACAUUAGAGAAUCGUCAACUUAAAAAAUCUAUUGAAGAUGCUGAUAGACGUAUAGCUAAUUUAAAAUCUAGUCUAAAUGCUACAGAGGAAAGUUUACGUCGAUUAGUUGACGCAGUUAAAGCUGGUAAAUCAUCGAAUAUCAAUCCAGAAACUACAACAACUACUAAUGUAACUACUGGAGAUGGAUUAACUUCAGUCGGUGAUCAAAGUGCUAUCUCAUCUAUAAAAUUAGAUCGAAUUGAAGCAGAUAGAUUGGAAAUUUCUCGUUUAAGAAAUCAAUUAAAUGAAACAUCAACUAGAAGAAGUGAAGCAGAACGUCAACUAAUUGAAAGAAAUUUUGAAUUAUCAAGAAUAAAAGAAGAUUUUGAUGCACUUUUACAAGAACAUCGACAACUUAGACAAGAAUGUGAAACACUUCGACAUGAUACAAGACAAACUCAAACAUUACAAUCAUUGGUUGAUACAAAAGAAUCGAAAAUUUUAACUUUGGAAAAUGAAAUACGUCUUUUAGAAGAUGAAAUUACUCGUCUUCGAGAUGAUGGUCUAAUUACUCCAAAUACAUCAACUAGCAGUGGGAUUGAUGAUUUAGAUAAAACUUUACAAGUAUUUCGAAGUAACGAACGUAUUCUGAAAUCUAAAAUUGAAAUGUUAAAUAGUGAAAUUUCAAAACGUGAAUGUGAAUUAUACACAUUACAAUCACGUUUAGAAAUGACUGAUAAACAACAUCAAGAUCAAAAUCAUCAUAUUAAUGUAUUAAAAGAACAAGUGAAUACACGUGAACAUAAAAUCUCCAUGUUAACAGCUGAUGCAGAAGAUUUUCGUAAAAGAAUUAAAGAGAAAGAAAAUCUUUUAGAAAAGAAAUCAAAAGCAUUGAAUAGUGCACAAUCAGCUAAACGACAAAUUGAACAAGAAUUAACUGAACUUAAAGAUCAAAUGGAUAUAAAAGAUAGAAAAAUAUCCUUAUUACAGAAAAAGAUUGAAAAUAUAGAAGAUUUACUUAAUGAUAAAGAAACACAAUUAGCAACAGCUCAAGCUCGUCUUUCACGUAUUAGUACAGAACGUGUCAGUUCAGAUGGUGGACGUAUUGGAUGGGAGGAAACAUUAAAAGAUAAAGAUCGACAAAUUGAACGUUUAAAAGAAGCUCGUCAACGUAGUGAAUCAGAAAUUGUUGAAGAAUUAGAAACACAAAAACGUUUAAAUAAUGAAUUUAAAAAUCGUUUAGAUAUUUUACAAAAAGAAUUAGAUGAGAAAACAACACAAUUAAUGGAAAUACGCGAUGAAACAAAUGAUUAUAGAACAUCAAGAUUCAAAUUAGAAACAGAAAUUAAUCAAUUACAAACACAAUUAAGUCAAAGAAAUUCAGAAGUGACCACUUUACAAAUGGAGAAACAAUUAUUACAAAAACAAAUAACCACUGAAUCUGAUAUGAAAUUUUUACAAAGAACAGCAGAAUUAGAAGGACAAUUAAAUCAUUAUAUGGAAAAUUCAUCUAAACUUCAAACAGAAGUAGAUCGUUUAUUAAGAACAAUUGAUACAGAAAAAUUUGAUAAAGAAAAUCAAUUAAAUGAAUUGAAAGAAGAACUUCGUGAAGCACAAAAUAAUUUGAAUAAUUUAAAACGUAGUCAACAAAAUGAACGAAAAAAAUCAAGUCAACAACUUGAAGAGUCAAGACAACGUGAAGAGAAUGCACAAUCUGAUAAUGAAAUAUUAAAGGGUAUUAUAACAGAGAAAGAUGGAAGAAUUCGUGAAUUAGAACAAGCUUUGCGCGAAAGUGUACGUUUAACAGCGGAACGUGAAAUUUACGCCUCCGGUCGUGAUGAUGAAACAAGACAUUUAGAGCAACAGGUACGUGAAUUACGAAGUAAUCUGGAACAUUUUCAACGUGAAAGAAAUAAUCUCUCAGCUCAGUUAGCUUCAGCACAAGAAGAAUUAACUGAUCGUGAAAAUCAACUUAAAACUUUAGAACAAGAAUGUUUCCAGAAUUAUUUACCUGAAUUGGAAAAAUUGCGACGUUCAAAUCAUGAAGCCAAUUUACGUGUAGCAGCUAUGAUUAAACUGACACAAGGACGUGAGCAUACUUUAACUGAUCAAGAUCGUGCUGCAUUAUCUACCAUUCCUCUCUUCCCGAAUAUAUCACUUCAUGGAACUUGGUCAGGAAUGUCUGGUGGUUUAGAAAAUAUCGGUGCAACAUCUGGUACAGGAAGAUCAGGUUAUUUGGCACCAUAUCAUACAGGUAGUGGUGGAUCAUUAUCUCCACAUUUAGCAGGAAGUGCAUUUCAAUUCAUUGGAAAUACUUCAUCUAGUGCUGGUGUAGGUACAGUUGGUGGUAGAGCAUCAGUACCUGGUCAAUUGAUGUCUAGCCCAGAUGUUAUUAUGUUAUCGAGAAUGUUACAGGAAAAAGAAAACAUGCUUCAACAACAUUUGCAAGAAUUAACUCGAUUAAGAUUUCAAAAUUCUGAACUUGAAAUACGUUUAAAAGCAACACAACGUGAAUUAGAUACAAAAUCGGCUAGAUUAAAUAUACUUGAAACUACUCAUUUGAAUUCAACUACUGGAAUACAUGAUUUAGGCACAAGAUCACCAUCAAGUAAUCAAUUAUCAAAAGAAUUAGCAAUAUUACGUAAAACAAAUCAAGAAUUAAGUGUAAAGUUUAAUCAGUUACAAAUGGAAUUAGAUGAACGUUCACGCGGUGGAACAUCAACUGUUGGUGCUUACGAUAGACUGAAAUCAUCAACUGGAUUACAUACAACAGACUUUACAGAAAUGGCUACUUUGAGACGAGAACUUGCUUCUGCUAAAGCUGAACGUGAAGUGGAGGUUGCUAGUUUAAACAGUCAAAUGGAAUUAAUCAAACGAGAACGUGAUGAUUUGAAUGAAAAGUUUAAUGAAACAAAAUCUGAUCUUACAGAGAAAAUUCAUCAGCUACAUACAUUGGAAGCUGAAAAAGAAAAACUUAUUUCAGAAAAAGAUGCUUUACAAAAAAAAUAUGAAUCAGUUUUGAGUCAAUUAAGUGAAAAAUCGGAAAAACUUAAACAACUGGAACAAGAUUGUGCAAAAUCACAUAUUGAAGAAAUAAAAAGAUUAAAUACUGAUCUUGAUGAUUUGAAACAUCAUGUUGGUUAUUUACAAAAUACCAUCAAAAACCGUGAAAGCCGUAUUGAAACAACUGAAAAAGAAUCUUUUAAGCUAAGAGAUGAAUUAACUAAUAUACGUAAACAAUUGACAACUGCUGAAGCAGAGGUAAAGAGUUUACGUGAUGAUGCAGUUUAUAGAGAAGAACGAAUUAAGCAAAUACAAAAUCAAUAUGUAAAAGAACAAUUACGAAAUAAAAUCAAUGAAUUAAAUGAACAAAUUUCUGAUACGCGUACCUCAAGCCAACCUACUCAUCAGUUGACGUUAAAAAUUGAAGAACUUCAUAAAGAACUGGAACGUAAGGAAGCUCAGAUUACAUGCUUGAAUAAACAGAUAGAUCGUCAAUAUACAUCAUUAUCGACUACACCAGAUGCACGUCAUACUGAUUCCACUAAUCAACAAUUAUUAAUAGCUGAUUUACAAGUUCGUCUUCGUCAAGCUAUUGAAGAUCGUGAUAUUGCACGUGAACAAUUGACAACUAAUUUAACUAGAGCUGAAACGUCUACACUGGAUAUACAACAACAAUAUAUGUUGGAUAAACAAAAUUUACAACAACAAAUUACAAAUUUAACACAAUCCGUACAAAAUGCUACAAAUGAAUCAGAACGCUAUCAAAGAGAAUUCAAACAAGCUAGUUCACGUGUUCAACAACUUAGUCGUCAAUUACAAGAAACACAAUCAAACUGUGAUUCAAUUGCUCGACAAAGAGAUAGUUUAAGAGAUCAAUUAGAUCAGUUAAAACGUAGUAUGGGACGAACUGGUUCAGGUACAGUAACUAAUAUAUUUGGAAUAAGUAGUUCAACUAGUGGUAUGCGUCCAGCAUCUGCUGGUCCUGGAAAUUAUGAUAAUAUUCCAUUAUAUGGAACAACACCUGGAACAAUUCAACUUUCUAGAGAAAUGGAUCGUUUACAUAGAGAAUGUGAACAUUUACAAAAUCAAUUAAGAACUAGUCAAGAAUCAGAACAACAAGCUCAUAAUUUAGUUGAUAAUUUAAAAAAUGAUAUAAAGAAUCUUACAAAUGAUGUUGAACAAUUCAAAGAACAAAUUAAAGAAUUAGAAAAACAAAAAAAUGAAUGUAACAAUGAAUUAAUCAAGACUCAACGUGAACUUCAAACGAAAUCGGAUGAAGCAAAAGAUAAACUGACCCAUACACAACAACUGUUGAUUGAGAAAACAAGUCAGCUUGAAAAUGCAGUGAAUCAAUUGAACAAUGUACGACAAUAUUGUUCUGAACUUGAACAACGUAUCAAUGAAAUGUCACAACGAUUAAAUAUGGCAGAAUCACAUACUCAACAACAAGCAGAUGAAUUAAAGCGUUGUCAACAAUUAGAAUUUGAAUGUAAUCAAUUACGUAAUGAAAUAAAGGCUAGUCGCAAUGAAGUACAACACUUACAAUUACAAUUAGAUCAAUUAAAUAGAGAAUAUCAAAAUCAAGGAAGAAGAAUAGAACAAAUGACUAUUGAAUUAAGUACAUCACAAGCGAAUACAAAUCAAAUGAAACAAGAAUUACAAUUAUAUAAAGAACGUAAUAAAGAACUUGAAAUAAAAAUUACUGAUACACAUGAAACAAUAAAAGAAUCAGAAACUGAAACAUUGAAUAUUUUACGUGCGGAAUUAAAAGAUUCUCAAGUGAUUAAACAACGACUUGAAGAAAGAAUAAAUUCAUUACAAGAAGAUUUAAGGCAUACACAACAAGAAUUAGAUGAAAAAACUAGAGCAUUAGAUGUAUUGGAAAAUACUCAUCUUCGAAAUCAAUCUGAAGAAAUAAUCAAUUUGCAGAAAGAGCUAAACAAUGCACGUGUACAAAUUGAAGAGCUUGGAGGUCCUAUCGAACCAGGUUCUAAAUUGAAAGGAUCACCUCUAAAAGUGGAAAUUGAUACAUUGAAAAAAGAAAUUAGUAAACGUGAAGAUGCAAUUAAUCGUAUAGAAAAAGAAUGUCAAGAAAAGCAUAUACAUCGUAUUGAAGCAAUGCAAUCACAAUUACGUCGAUUUGAAGAAGAAACUGCUAAUUUAAAUCAAGUUUUAGAUGAACAAAGAGUUGGAUUAGAAGAAAGAGAUCGUGUUAUUCGACAAUUACGAUCGGAUCAAGCUCAAGGAUCAUUGAUUGAACUUGAAAAAUUAAAAGCUGAACAUAAUGGUUGUAAAGAUAAAAUUGAACAAUUGAACAAACGUAUUGCUACAUUGAAUAAACAAGUUGAAGAUCAAUCUGAUGAAAUUUUAACAAUCAAACUGGAAUCACUUACUGCUUCAUUAUGUGAAAAAGAAGCUAAUAUUGCUUUAAUGGAAUUGACUGCUCCAAAGAAUACAACUUCUAAUCAAGCUUUAGAAAAAUUACGAAUUGAACGGGAUCAAUUACAACAACAACAAAAACAACUUAGUAAUACACGUGCUAUGCUUUUAGAAGAAAAAAUGUCACGUCGAUAAUAUCUUACUUGGUUCAAAUAAAUUUUAUGAGUAAAAUUACACGAUUCGUACUAUACUUUACAACUCAGUAAUAAAACUAUCCAUCUCAGUAAUCUGUUAUCCUAACUAUCUGUCUAUCUAUCCACACUAUCUAUCUAUCUAUCUAUCUAUCUAUCUAUCUAUUAUUGAGUCAUUGACAUUUUAAUUAUAUUAAACAUAGUUAUAUUGUUUAAUUUCAAAUUUCAAUUUUUAUUUAAUUAUUUUCGUCAUUUAUAUUUUGAUGAUUUCCCUCUCAUCUUUGUUUAUUUCAGUCCCUUUUUUCUUUUUUUUUCUUUGUUAUUUUCUUCGAAUUUAAACUAAACGUGAAUUGAUAUUUACUUAUCAUUUUUCUUUUUUGAUUGUACAGAUAAUAUCCCUUUUAAUUCCUUAUCAUCAUUAUUCAUAUAAUAAUAGUAUAUAUAACAAAGGUUUUAUGUAGUCAAAUAUC